UCAGAAUGCAUCACCUACGGCAGAGAUGGCCACCUCGCCUCCAUCCACAGUGAUCGGGAAAUGGAAUUUGUAUCUUCUGCUCUGCUCAUGAACUAUGCAGAGAAAUUUAGAAUCUGGAUUGGACUGUACAAACUCCCAGGCGGGAGGACACGAUUCAGGUGGCAAGACCACUCCCGGGGCGAGUACAUCCCUUGGGCUGUCAAUCAACCUUCCAACUGCAAACGGAGGCAGAAUUGUGUUGAGCUCUAUACUUCCGACUAUAAAGGAUGGAAUGACCAGUUUUGUGACGUCGAGCAGCCCUAUCUGUGCAAGAUGAGUCUCUGAAUACAGCUGGAAACACCUUGAAGGUUGUAAGUCAGAAUCUCCCUGGCUACCACAAGAUCAGCCUGCUGACCCACAGAACAAGCCUGUGCGCCAGGCUUUCUUUUCCAUGUGGUGUCACUAAUUAAUAAACUCUAAUCCAAGUGCAGACGAUGCUCUG